AACGCCACCUGCAACUGAGGGAAGAUUUCCAGUUCAACCUGGCCAUCCUGGAUGAAAGAGACAGAGAGCUGGAGAGAUAUGAUAUCAUAUUUGCCAAAGCUUUGACUGUGGAGCACAACAGACUGGAGGAGCAGAGAGCCAGAGAGAUCGAGGAGAGGCAGGAAGAGCUCAAUAAAAGUGCUGCUCAGCACAGGCUGCAGCUGGAUGAGCUCAAGUGGUGGGUGGAUGGUAGCUCUAUGGCUGGUGAAAUUCAACAGCAAAAGGAGGAGUACGAGAGGAUGAAAUCGGAUUUGCAGUGCGUGAUAGAAGAGGUGGAAGCAGUGCUAACCCUACAGAGACAGGAGAUGACAGCAGCUUUUCACAGUAAGCUCAGACAGCGGGAGUAUGAGUUCAACUUGAAAAUGGAUGAGAUGCGUGCUGUGGAGUUGUCUUGUGAUUUGAAGGUGAAGCUGCUCUCUAAAGAAACUGAAAUUCACUGUCAGGCUCAGCUCCAGGCCACAGAGGCUCUUAAAGCAUCCAAAGAGUUCUGUCAGAAAAUUCAAACCAAGCUGCAACUUAAAGACCAGGAGAUCAAAGACCUCACUGCUGUCAAGGACUACAGAAUAAAGGAGCUUGGGGAUGAGCUGAAAUGGAUGGAGAACAAACUGAAGAUGCAGGAAGAAGAGCACAUUAAGAAAUAUGAGGAUGUGGUCUGUGCUCUGAAGGAGUAUGAUUUGCAUCUGGAGGCUCGGUGUCAGGGCCACACAGAGCAGCUACAGAAGGCUGAGAAACAAAUUGUCAUACUACAGGAGAAUAUGGAAGUUCUGGCUGCACAGACACGCUCCAAAGAGGAAGACCAGCAGGAGGCCAUGGAACAGAAAGAUGAGACAAUCCAAAGCCUUCGCAGAGAGUUAGAUAAAACCCGGACAGGCUGGGACAGAUACAUCAGUCAGGUCUCUAGUGAGAUGGUUUUCAAGGAUACAGAGAUAAUCACCCUGCGGGAGAGCGAAACCAAACUUAGGACCGAGCUGGAGAGGUGCAGGGAGGAGAUGGAGAGGUACAAGCAGCAGCUGAGUGCUAGUCUGAAGAGAGAGAGGGCCUUAAAACAGAUGCAAAUCCAGGUGGAACUGGAGUGGCAGAGACGCUGUGAGGACAUGAAGGUUGAACACUGUCUUGCUAAUGAACAGCUAAUACAAGAACUGACCCAGGCUAGAGAUCAGGCUAACGCAGAGCUGAAAGAGAAAGAACAAGAGCUGCAGGACCUUACUGUCUUACUACACUGUGUUAAAAAAGAGGGAGUCCAGGCAACACAGGAUCUCACACCAAAUGUUGAUUCUCCGGCAUCAGAAAAGAUUCGUCAUCUGCAGGAGCAGAACAGCAUCAUGCGGGCCGUGAUUACCCACAUGAGGAAGGACAUGGAGGGCCUCAGCCAUCUCCUACCCCAUCCCCAGGCUCAGCCACAGGCCUCCUCUGCUCAGCCAGUUCAUCAUCCAGGAGCCCCUGCCACCAGCUCCAUUGCCCCUACAGCUAACACUCAGAUGGCAGCAGGUGAUCUGUGCCUGGAGAAAUGCACCAACCCCUCUGCUUUGACAAAGCAGGAGUUCACAGUUGCACAUUCAGAGUCUGCUUGCGCCAACAUCCUAGAACAGAGUGCACUGGUGCGACAGCUACAAGACCACCUGUGUUUGCGGCAGCAGCAGUCCUCAGGUCUGAUGCACGGUGAUGUGUUUGAAAAUGUCCAAGGUGCUAAAAGCAGCCUUCCUCUCCUGCGUACCAGGCUGAAGCAGGCAGCGUUCUGUAUCGCCCGUCUGAGCAGAGAGAAACAGCAGCUGAUAGAGAUGGGGAAUCACCUCCGUGCCCAGAUCACCACUGCUGGACUACAGGAACCAGAGAAGGACUCCUCUGCAGAGAAACAAGGAGACCAACAUGACCGGCUGUCUGCUCUGGAACAGCUGCAGUACCAGCUCACCACACAGGAGCUGCAGUAUGCUUUGAGACAGAGGGCUCGCACUGAUCUCAUCCUCACUGAAACCAGCAACCGAGGUCCUACAACAAAUGGGGCUGCCAACCCCUGGUCCCUGGGGCGCAAAACCACAGACAGGCCUGAGACAUCCAAGAACGAAGAGACCACUCCUCCAAUCGGUCAGUCACAGAGCUCAUUGGACAUGGGGCCACAUCCCCUUUCAGGUCUGACAAGGUCGGAGUUUUCAUCAGAGGAAUCACUGCGGUUGUUAAAGGAGCUGUGGGAGAUACUCGACCAUGGACUCAGUCCCUCUGUCUUCUCAGAAGAUGAGCUGAGCUGGAGGGAGAUGGCUGAGUCGGGUGGUGAUGGAGUCCAGCCCCCAACCAAGGUCCAGCAGAGUACGAACCCCUUUACAUCUCCAUCAAGCACUAGGAGGAUCAGCAAGAUCAGAAAUUACAAUGUCUGACACACAUACAGGACAGUCUGUCAGUAUAUUGGUCAUGGUUAGCACUACUGGAUCGGUUCAAUCUUCUAUGUCACUGGAGGAGCUUUGUCAAGUCUGAGAAAAUCCUUGGUUAUGUCAUAGUGAUGUCAUCAGGAUUAUCUCAGCCACAAAUUUCUAACAGCAACUAGAAUAUCAUACUAUGAACUAAAAGUAUUUCUAAUCUGCUGCUUCGAUUUUUACCAUUCAUUUGUAGUCUGUCUCUAGUGAAUUGCUCUUUUAAAGCCAAUAUGUAUAGCUUAUUAUUUCAUUAUAGCUUCUUCCAAGUACACACAAUAGUAAAAGCACAGACAAGAGAAAUUCACUCCAAAUCAACAAAUACCAAAACACAAUAUUCUUCAUUACAUUAUAGAAUAAAGAUUAUGGUAAGAAGAUAUUAUUAUAUUUGAAUGCUCCUUCAAACAUCAGAGCUCACAUGUCUGAACAGUAAAGGACUACUGCGGACUGUGUAUAAUCCUUAUUAUUUUUAAAUGUAUAUAUUGUUGAAGGCAGUUCUCAUGUUUUAUUGUAUUGUUAGUAAAUUCACCUUUUUUAUUUUCUUUGUUUUUCCAAAAAUAGUUCAGUUUUGAGUUUGUCAAAUUGUCGGUUUUCAUUGUGAUCUCAGCAAUAAAAUCUGACCGACUCCUAAGGGAAGAAAGUUG